AUGGGGACUGUACCAGAUCCUCUGAGGUCUGCUCGGCUGUCGUCGGUUGCAGCUCCAGAAGAGAAAAAUGGCCUGAGGGAGCCGCAGUCUCCUAAACGCCCGUGCAAGCAAGCAAGCAUAGAGAGGAACGGUAAUGGCUUUCCUCUCACUGCCAAGACGCAGCCUGCUGGAGAUCAUUUGCUUGGCAUGAGCCGUGCCACGAUAGAAGACAAACCAAAGGAUGAGAAGCGCUGUGGGUAUGACACUAAUCAAGCAAGCAUGUUUUCUGCUGGGUCUUUAAGCCCGUCCAAAGGAGGUCAUCUGACCAUGCCGGAGCCUGCACGUAACUCUGAACGGGAAGGCAGCAGAGGUUCCAGAGACCUGGCUGUAGCGGAGGGCCACGCUCCAGUCCAGACGGGAGUCAAGAGGCUUCCUACUCAGGAGGCCAGUGAGAUUUUGCAGGGUGGUGACAGAGGGCAAUUCUGCAGGGCCAUUGAUAAGGCAAAUUCCACCCUUGGAGAUGGUGUCAAGGGCAGUGAAGCCCGUGGUUGUAGCUCUCCAUGCCUUCAGCCCACUCCCCAGCAAGCUUCUCCAGCAGUAAAGGAAACCGUCGGCGAAAAGAGUGCUCCUGAGAGAACUCAUCUUUCGGUGAAGGAGUCUGAAGCUGUCUCUGAUCUUGGGGUCAAGUCCCCCGUUUGCAUAGGGGCAGAGCUGAUGGAUGGAAAGGAUGCUGAGCUGACAGAUGGAAGAGAUGCGAGUCCCUGUCCCAGGGCUGAGGUGGCGCCAGAGACGGAACAUAAACCCAAUCUUGAGAGCGCACCGCAGUCCUCCUGCAAGACAGAGACAGAAGAGAAGGCGGUGGCAGAGCUCUCCAAAUUCAAAGACACGGGUACGAUGACCGUGCAAACGGACAGCGGCUCUGAAGGCAGGGAGAUGAUGCAGAGGGGCCAUCAAGAUGCUGGGGUCCAGGCUGUGGCCAGCGUGGAAAACAAAUCCUCUUCCACCAGCCCAAGCAUCUUUGCUGCGUUCUUACAAGAGAGCGUGCAUUCCGAGGCAAAACAGAAGCAAGAGCAAUUACACAUCAUUUAUACAGGAGGCGGCGGGAAGGAACAAUCCGAAAUCGUUGACGGUUUUGCACCUCUUCUCCAAACGGCUUCCCCCAUGGGCAUCAUGCCUGAAGUGCAUGUUCAGGCGGCAGCUACAGUAGACACGUCAGGAACUCAAGCUGUCAGACUUCAAAGCGACCCAGUGGGAAUGCACGAUACUGUCUGCUCAGCUUUGUCGGACAAUGGGAAGCAUCCGUGCUCGCUGACCUCCGAUAGCGCUCGAGAAACACCAGUCAACCGGGUAGAAGCACAAAGGGCUGGCACGGCCGGCAGUCGCGGCGAUUCUCAGCAGCCAUCCGAUUCGUCAGUCUUGCUGAAGACCAGACCUGUUUACCAGAUUACUGUCAACAGCAGCAAUCAGCCCACGGCUCCUCUGCAACCUGUGAAAGUUGAAACCAAACUACCUCCCUCUGCAGGAAAUGACCAGGCUUCUCCAUCUUGCUGCCGAGUAUCCGAACAGGCCGCCCGCACUGCUGUCGGCACUCAUGAUAGCAGAGGAGGGCAGCAUUUGCAAAUCCAGACUGUUAGCAAUCCUGAAACCGGUCCGGCUAGUUCCCACACGGACGUGAAACCAAAGAGGGAAGAAAAGUUCACCCCUCUUCGUUCGAAAGAGCUGGAAGUGAGUAAAAUGGGAGCUGCUGCUGGGCCCCAGACAGGAUGUAGCCCUGGCACCGGGAAGAGAGAACAGCAUAAAUUUCCAGAGCAUCACAAAGAGGUAAAACUGGAGUCUGAGUCACGAAGAAGUCCUGUUCCUGCUCGAGGACUUCAGGUUGCCAAAGGGGGUGAAAUGAGAAAGGAGGCCAAAAUGGUGUCACCUGCUCAGCACAGACUAAAUCUGAGUGGCAAUAAGAAGGAGCCCAAGCCGGCCGCCGAGGCCAAAGCGCAGCUGAAGCAGUCCAAACGUGUCAGGGAUGUCGUGUGGGAUGAGCAAGGCAUGACCUGGGAAGUCUACGGGGCUUCCCUCGACCCCGAGUCGUUGGGGAUCGCUAUCCAGAACCACUUGCAGAGGCAGAUCAGAGAACACGAGAAACUGAUAAAGUCCCAAAGCGCCCAGAACCGGAAAUCCAUUUCUUCAGAUACAUCGUCAAAUAAGAAACUGAAGGGAAGGCAACAUAAUGUUUUCCAGUCCAUGCUGCAGAAUUUCCGACGUCCUAAUUGCUGUGUCCGCCCCACUGCAUCUUCUGUGUUGGACUGAAAGAUGGGGGAAUGGGGGUGGGAAGGUGGCGCUCGUCCAUUUGUAUCCAUUUUUGUGUGUGUACGCUCAGAAAUCCAUUGGCAAAUGAGCCCCCAAGUUCAGCUUUGUUGCUUGAGAUUCGGAUUCAGCACUGGGGAGGGGAAAGGU